UAUUUCUAAAAACUUUUAUACAAUAAUAUGCUGUAAAAAAUAUUUUUGUGGCUGCUGCCAAAAUUAGUUUUGUAAAGCAAAUUUAUCAAGUUUUAUCCUCUGAUAAUCUCUGAUUUUCUAAAUGUUCUGUAAUAAUUCUUUACUCUGAAAAGUUAUAAAACUUUUCAAUGCGUGUCAAGUGUUGUUCUUUCUUUUCAACCAGCUAAUAAAACUGCAACACAGCGGUCCUGACAGUAAUGCAUUACUGCCCAUACUUACCCCUGCCGUGGCUCUUUCACCGCAUUGAUUCCUGAGUGCAGAGGAUGAUGGAUCCCCUCCUCUCAUGGAGCAGCAAUGGCUAACCUGCAACAGGAAUACCCUGGAGUCCUUCUGGGUAUUCUGGAGGAACUGACCCAUAUGCGCCAGUGGUUAACAUUCCAGGACCUCUGCCGUAUGGUCAGCACCCGCUUCGACCUAGACCAUCUCAUUGAGCUCAGGAGUUUGCUGUUUGCAGCUGCCAGCAGGGACCCCUGUUUCCCUGCCACUUUAUUCAGAGACCGGGUUUCCACCAGAGGCCAGGGGCUUUCACCCAUAGGGGUCGCUGCAGACAUAGUAACUAUCUUCAAUCUUAUUCAGAUGACGGGUGGGGCCUCUGAUGACAGCCGUGCAAUGAGAACCCAAACCAUUCUGCCUGUUGACCAGUCCCCAGGCCCCAUUUUGCCUGGUAUCCACCCACUGAACAUUUCUGGUCGAGAACGAGCACGUGCCCACUCUGACUCCAGUGGGAAGUCUAUCGACCAGCACUUGCUGUUUCCAACAUCGAAUUACUCAAGUCGUAAGCGAGCAAGUCUUCCCCCAGAUCCAAUCUCAUUUGUGCCCUCCCCUCCCGCCAGGACAAGGGCUGUGUCUUUUGACUUGCCUCAUACUACACACUCAUACCCCAGCAGUCCAAACCUCGAUGAGGUAAUGAAAAACAUCUACCUGCCUUUGGAGACAGACAGUGAGUCAAGUGGAGAUUCUGCUACUAUGGAGGUUUUUGAAGCUGAACCAGGAUCAUCGGUUGACCAGAAGAGAAACACCUUCAAGAAGGACUUCCAUAACCAGCCACCUCUAAUACCCCAAGUGACUGUCAGCAGUGAAUCUCCCAGUCCCAAAACAGGGCAUAUGGACUUCGACAAUCAUAGCUAUGAUGUAAUCCCUAAUCCUUAUCCAUCGCCUACAGCAGUUCACCUCUCACCAGAACAACGGGCUAAAGCUAAGCAUGAGAGUAUUGAUGAUCUGCAAGACUCAACUUAUUUUGGACCAGGGUCAGUCCCGGAUCCAUCUCCUCGGCAUCUUCAACCACCCAGGACAAAAAGACCCCUCUGGAGUAAUAAGAGUCACAGUCUAGAGGAUCGGAUAGGUGUGGGCAGCAUUGAUAUGGGAAUGGAAUCACAAGCGAGACAACUUCCAAGACAAUCUACCCCUGCUAUUAGCAAUUUGGGGGUGUCCUCAGGAAGUGAGAGCACCAAUGUUGUACUUUCAAAUGGAGGUGAAAGAAUGAUAGCUCAAGGAACACAAACUGACCCACCAGACCCCCGAAGGCUUCGUAGCCUGGUACAUGCUGAUCGUUUCUCCUUUAUGACCUCAUUAGAUGACCCUGAGUUUUGUGAGGAUGACAUCAGUGCAAUCUUCCAUUUCUUAGAUGACAUAAGCAUGUGUGGAUCCACGGGAGUCCUGCACCCCAGUGAUGGUAAUACUGGUCAGGACACCACUGAGGCUCGACGUGGUCGCCUAGGUCAACUGCAAAGACUCUUUCAUUCCUUGGAAAGUAGUGACGAUGGGCUUAAAGCCAGUGUCUGUAAGCUGUUGCUUCGUAUGAGUCAGAUAGAAAGACAGCUGGACUCACUGAAUGAUGUGAAGGCUGAGAUUUCGCAGGUACUCUCUGCUUUGCAGCGACUGGAUGAAAAGAUUCAGCAGCCUAUUGUUGGCAGUGGACAGGGCACUGGUGGUCGAUGGCUUGAGCCUCUUAGUGGUGUCUCCUCUUUCAUGAGCCACCCUGUAACUCCCUCUGAGUCAUCAGAACCUCAGCCUCUGUCUGCCACUGGACAUCUGUUUCCUGGGACUAGCACAAGUAGUCUGGACUGGAGCCGGUGGAACACCCCGGGGGAUCAGACAGAAAACAGCAAGAAUCAGGCAGACUCUAAGGGGGCAAAAGAAGGGAAGAAGGAUGUAUCUUCUCGCCGGGCUUCCAAAACACAGCUUGAAGAAAAAAGUCUGCCUGAUAGCAAACAGAUAAAUACCUCUAACUCUGCAAAAGACUGGACUGUGGCAUUCUCAAAAAGUAAGGAUGGGACAGAACCGCAAAGGAAAAUUGGACAGGCAAAUCAGUCAGACAGCACCACAAACCUAAUCUCACAGAAGCCAACCAGCAUGAUGGAACAAGUGUUAAACUCUUCUCUGUUUCGUCAUAAAGAUAGCAGUCUGACAGGGGGUCUUGGCUCUGGGAAAGUUCUUGACCCCAGACUGGCUGAGAGAAGAGGGAGACCCAUAUGGACUGUAGACGACAGGGAGGCACGGAUCUCCCCUCUGGACCUACAGGGUCAGGAGUCUCUGAACCCCAACAACACAGAAUUCUGGAUGGACGACAUUUACACUCCGGGCUACGACGCCCUUCUAAGGAGAAAGGAGGCUAAUCGUCGUCGACUCAAAAUCUGUAAACUGCUUGCGCUCGUUGCCGUUGUAGUGACAAUUAUCCUCAUUAUUGUCAUUCCCAUUUGCACUAUAAAGUCAUAAACACCCACAGAAAACAAUUCACAUAAAAAUAUUUCAUGCCACUUUAAAUGUUUAUGCAUUUUUUAGCAACUAUCUGUUGCCUCCUGGAACUUGCAAGAGGACUAAUGCACCAGAGACUGUAACACAUUAAAGCUGGACUGGUGAGCGGUUUAAUCAGCAUGAUUUGUCAAAAGUUGUCAAACCAGAAAAGCAGAAUUUAAACCUUGUGUAAAUCAAAUGUCAUACUAUUUCUUCCUUAUCAAAAUAGAGUUAAGAAUUAUAAGGAUUUUAAGUGUUUAAUUUUUAUUUUAUUUUAUUCGGACAGAAUAUGUUAAAAGUGAUCCUGAGCCAGUUCAAAAGUGUCAAUGUCUCUUUCUUCUCUCUGAUAAACACCGUUACUGUUUGCAUUGUGAUUCAGCUUCAGCUCUGAGCACUGCCUGACUUGUUCUUGCUGUUCCCCUUAAGAACAACACAGGGCUAGUUUUAUUUUUAUGUCAGAUGAAAGUUUCAUUAUCAGGUUAAAAAUAAAAAUAAUUCAUAAUGGAUUGUGUGUACAGCCGGGAUGUAAUUUUCUUUGACCUGGAAUGUUCUUGUACCUCCUUUAAGUAAAACGCACUGUUCAAACAAGCUGGAAUCAAUAAAUGUUAUUUUUUAUAGA